GCCAGAGGGUAGGAAAUGUGAAGUCCACGUUGGUCGCAACUUGUUCAGUUCUGACCCUCCGCCCACACUUCCAACCUAUCACAUUCCGCCACGUGUCAUAUAUGUCCUUCCUCCACCGCACCCCUCGCUCCCUCCCUCCCUCUUCUCUCUCUCUCUCUCCCUCCCUCAUAUCAGCCCAAGUGGGCUGUGUUCCUUAACCAUCGACGCAUUACAGGGCUCUCUGCAAAGCAAAAUUAUGUAGCUGCUUAUCCAAGCCAAUUACUAGAGAAAGAGAGAUAAAUAGAGGAGAGCGAGAGAGUGAAGCUAGCUAGCAAUGGAGCGUUAUGAGAUUCUGAAGGAUAUUGGCUCUGGGAACUUUGCUGUUGCGAAGCUCGCAAGAGAUAGAUGGAGUGGAGAGCUCUAUGCUGUGAAGUAUAUCGAGAGAGGACACAAGAUUGAUGAGCAUGUGCAGAGGGAGAUUAUGAACCACAGGUCCUUGAAGCAUCCGAACAUAAUCAGAUUCAAGGAGGUGGUGCUAACACCAACCCAUCUAGCCAUAGUCAUGGAAUAUGCUGCAGGAGGAGAACUUUUUGAGAGAAUAUGUAAUGCUGGUAGAUUCAGUGAGGAUGAGGGAAGAUUUUUCUUUCAACAGUUGAUAUCAGGAGUCAGCUACUGCCACUCUAUGCAAAUUUGCCACAGAGAUCUUAAGCUGGAAAAUACACUCUUAGAUGGAAGCACGGCGCCUCGUCUCAAAAUAUGCGACUUUGGCUAUUCCAAGUCAUCUGUGUUGCAUUCCCAACCCAAAUCUACGGUAGGAACGCCGGCCUACAUUGCCCCCGAGGUCCUAUCGAGAAAAGAAUAUGACGGGAAGAUUGCUGAUGUUUGGUCAUGUGGGGUUACCUUGUAUGUCAUGCUGGUUGGUGCUUAUCCUUUCGAAGAUCCGGAUGAUCCAAGAAACUUUAGGAAAACUAUUGGGCGGAUAUUGAGUGUCCACUACUCGAUUCCAGACUACGUCCGGGUUUCGGUGGAGUGCAGGCAUCUUCUAUCGCGAAUAUUUGUAGCUAACCCAGAGAAGAGAAUAACCAUUCCGGAAAUUAAAAUGCACCCAUGGUUUCUGAAGAACUUGCCAAUAGACCUCGUGGAAGAAGAUGGAGGUGGUGGCUUCCAAGCUAGUGAUGAAAAUGGACCACCCCAAAUCAUGGAAGAGAUAUUGUCAAUAGUACAAGAAGCAAUGAAUCCCGCAGAUCAGGGGCCAAACAGGGUUGGUGGGCGUUUUCUUGGAGGAAGCAUGGAUCUCGACGACAUCGACGCAGACGAUGAUGUUGAUGACAUCGAGACCAGCGGCGAUUUUGUCUGUGCCUUAUAAUUUGCUAGUCAGAAAUAGUAUGCAGAUGCAGACCCCAAUUAAGCCUAGACAGAGUUGAGCAGUUGAGGAUAAGGGUUUAAAACCAUGUCAUCAGUAGGAUCAAAUCAUCUGCGCAGUUGGUGUUGAAGAAAGCUUGUACUUAAAUGUCAUGAUGCUAGCUUUUUAGUUUUAUCUAAUGAAAAAAAUUCUCAGUUAUAAGUUUGAUUUCAA